AGUUGGGAAUCAGAACCGACUAGAAAAAAGAGCAUCCCUCUAGAGUUGAGACUUGGGGACCCAGCGGUGCAAGAGAAAAGGGUGGGUCUCAGCUUCUAGCUCUAAGUCUGUCUCUCUGGAAAUGACCUGGACUGAAGUCAGACCCAUUGUUUGCUGGAGUGUGGACAGACUCUAGCUGGAUAGGCAAAAGUCCAGAGAGGCAGACUCAGAGAUACGCAGAUGAGACAUACAUAGACCGAGCUAAGGAGAAUUGAUGGACACGCACCAUACAGGUAGACACAGUGAUAGACAGUUUGCACGUACAGAAAAAGAAGGAAGGCUGGGCCCAUUGAGACCCUCUGCUUCUGGCAGGGCUCUAAACAUGUUCCUGGGGUGUUGAGACUGAGUGAUGGGGAAACAGUUAGGGGUGGAGCCCAUACCCGCAUGUGCCCAUCAAUAUUCUCCAUGCUACCAACAGGAUACUGGGAACCUCCUAGAAAGCGUUGCUGCUGUGCAAGACGUGGGACACAGCUCAUGUUGGUGGGGCUGCUGAGCACAGCAAUGUGGGCUGGCCUGCUGGCCCUGCUUCUUCUGUGGCACUGGGAAACGGAGAAGAAUCUAAAACAGCUGGGAGACACUGCAAUUCAGAAUGUCUCUCAUGUUACCAAGGACUUACAAAAAUUCCAGAGUAAUCAAUUGGCCCAGAAGUCCCAGGUUGUUCAGAUGUCACAAAACUUGCAAGAACUCCAAGCUGAACAGAAGCAAAUGAAAGCUCAGGACUCUCGGCUCUCCCAGAACCUGACCGGACUCCAGGAGGAUCUAAGGAACGCCCAAUCCCAGAACUCAAAACUCUCCCAGAACCUGAACAGACUCCAAGACGAUCUAGUCAACAUCAAAUCCCUGGGCUUGAAUGAGAAGCGCACAGCCUCCGAUUCUCUAGAGAAACUCCAGGAAGAGGUGGCAAAGCUGUGGAUAGAGAUACUGAUUUCAAAGGGAACUGCAUGCAACAUAUGUCCCAAGAACUGGCUCCAUUUCCAACAGAAGUGCUACUAUUUUGGCAAGGGCUCCAAGCAGUGGAUCCAGGCCAGGUUCGCCUGCAGUGACCUGCAAGGGCGACUAGUCAGCAUCCACAGCCAAAAGGAACAGGACUUCCUGAUGCAACACAUCAACAAGAAGGAUUCCUGGAUUGGCCUCCAGGAUCUCAAUAUGGAGGGAGAGUUUGUAUGGUCGGACGGGAGCCCUGUGGGUUAUAGCAACUGGAAUCCAGGGGAGCCCAAUAACGGGGGCCAGGGUGAGGACUGUGUGAUGAUGCGGGGAUCCGGCCAGUGGAACGACGCCUUCUGCCGCAGCUACUUGGAUGCAUGGGUGUGUGAGCAGCUGGCAACAUGUGAGAUAUCUGCCCCCUUAGCCUCUGUGACUCCAACAAGGCCCACCCCAAAAAGUGAACCCUGACAAACUUCUGCUCACACUCUUCUGGAUUUCUCCUCUACCUUUAUCGUGGAAACAGCUGGGCCCUGAGGAUACCCCUAUCAGGGCCCAGGGCCCUCUCUGUGACCGAAGGCUUUGAUUAUGUUCCCACCCAUACUGAAGCAGCUGGUGGAUGCCAGCUCCUGCCAGCUACCCAGAAACCCUCUCCAGCUCUCCAGCUAAGCUGGCCAUCCCAUUCCAUCUGCCUUCCUCAAACCUGGGCCCCAGCCUUGCUAGCUCCCUGACUACGGGCAUGCAUGUGGGCAGCUGAGCCAACCAGGGAGCUGCUGAGAACAAAGAUUUCGAAGGCUUCUUUUGCAGUCCCCACCUCCUAUCAAGUUCCCCACUUUCUCCCCCUCGGCAUCAGAGAACAGGGGUUCCCUUUCCCCAGGAUCUGGGAUGAGUCCUCCCAUCAAGUUUGCAUCAGUGGUCCCAGCACUCCGACCCUCCUUGGAGGCUGCACCAGGUGUGCUCCUGGUGCGGGAGGUAUUGAAGGAACUCUAAACAGCUCCAGCAAGGCGAGCCUGGCUCUGUCUGGUAGGCCUGGCCCUUCUCUCCCAUUCCUUCUACCUUACUAAAAGCUGUUAGAGAACAGUCCUAAAGCUAGCCCCCAAGGUCUAUUCCCUUAUUUGGCCACUUCCUCCUCCUGAGGCUGACUACAAGGUCCAGCUAUCCAAGUACUGAAGUCUAACAUCAAAAGCCCCCUUUGUCUCACCUAAGUAGCAAUGCCCAAUCAAAAUACACCAUCACAUCAUAGCCCAGUCUAACAGACCGCCCUUUUUCUCUUCAUAAAAUUACACCUGCAACCAGGCGUAGUGGUGCAGGCCUUUAGUCCCAGCACUUGGGAGGCAGAGACAAGCGAAUUUCUGAGUUCGAGGCCAGCCUGGUCUACAAAGUGAGUUCCAGGACAGCCAGGGCUACACAGAGAAACCCUGUCUCGAAGAAAGAAAAAAAAAAAAAAUUACACCUGCAAGGUCACUUGCAGGCUGCUGUUUUUCUGCCUGAGUCAGAGGGCAGCCACUUAACUUUUCUUCCCUGCUUAAUAAAGGAUCUCUGUGAAAAAUAGGUGUUUGGGUGAGGUUUGUGGCUAAUCCAGGGUCCAGGAGGGAACAGUCGCUGUGCGGGAGAGGUUUAGCUAAACCUUCAGGUUUAGCUGACAGUUUCAGAGACUUGCUGCCCAAGGCUCUCUUUGCGAAUGAUGCACAGCUGAUAUGGGAUUUACACUCUCCGUAUCUUGGUUAUUUCUUUUCCUAUAUCCUUACAAUAACAUGCUAGGCAGGGGUGGGAGUGAGGCACAGAAGCGUGGGAUCCCCAGCUAGGAAUGUGGGUGCUUGCUCAUAAGCCAAGUGCGCUUGGAUGCUGUGGCUUACGCCAGCCUGGACAAUUCAGGGAGUCCCGAAUAAAGGUGAGAGGGCCAGCGAUGACCUGAGUCGAAUCCCCAAGUCUCCCGAGUCUGCAUGGUGGAAAGAAAGUCCUAAAAGUUGUCCUCUUUAGGUGUCUGCAACCCCACACACUGACAUACAUAAACACAUUUUUUUAAAGAUGUUUAAGGUUGGGUGCAACUGAGGAAGACAUCUCACAUCAAUCUCUGGCUCUACAUGCACACACAAAAUAAACAUUUUUAGAAAUAAGGUGGAGGGCUAGAGGGCCAUGGCUCAGCAGUUAACAGCACACUGCUCUUUCUUAGGAUGGGGGGGGUGGGUGUCAGAUGGCAACCCUCAUACCAGAUGGCUCACAGCUACCUACAAAAGCUCUAAAUCUGAUGCCCCCUUCUGACCUCCGGUCACCUGUGUUUAAGUUCACAAACGUACACACAGACACACACACACACACACACACAUAAACAGUCUUAAACAAUAAUAAUAGCCAAGGGUGGUGGUGCUCAAGUUUAAUCUCAGCACUAGGGAGGUAGACCUCUUGAGUAUAGGGCCAGCCUGGUCUACAUAGUGCGCUCCAGGUCAGCCAGGAAAACAUAAUUCAGACUCUGCGUAAAAUAGUAAAUGUGAUAAGCCACUAAGUUAAACACUCAACCUCAUGCAGAGUCAGAAGGGUUGGGAUUCACAGUCACCCUUAAAUAUACAGCAAGGCUGAAGCCAGCCUGGGCGGCCGGAACCCUGUCUCAGAACAAACUUUGUAAAUAUUAACCUUAAAACCCUCAAGUUUCCAGAUGGUUCUGGGCUCUUCCCCCUUUGAGAGGCUGGUGUGCCACUGGUCUCGGUGUGAUCCCUGGGGCACCCAGCAGCUCUCCAGAAUGUACCAAAAACAAAUUCUUAUGCACACCCCAAACCUACAGAAUCUGACUGUAGGGGUGAAACUUACAGUUCUGUUCUGUUCUGAAACCAGCUGAGUUUCUUGGUCCCUCGGGUGACUCUGAUGCCCUGAAAUAAGAGUCCCAGGGAGACCUCUGAGAAAGGGGCUGGAAUACACACUUCUGGUCCAGGAGGUAUAGGGGUGGACCAGUGAUCCUGCAUGUGGGACGAGGAUGGUGACGUUGGUGUUGCUGCUGGUAGUGAUA